AUGAUUCUGCACGGGAUCGAACCGGGGACCUUAUCCGAAUCAGACGAGAGAAUCUGUUAAGGAUACGUGAUAACCAACUACACCACAGAACCAUAUUCGGUUGGUAGCACCUUCCCAUGUGGCGUAAUCAUAAUCAUUUUUUUUGCAGUUCGUGGAUACCGACCGAUCACAUUGCGCGAGACGACCUACAAGGUCCUCAGCAAGGUCUUGGUGGCGCGACUCAAUGGGGUGCUCGGCGAGCUUUUACCGCCGGCGCAACACGGUUUCAUGCCAUCAAGACGUUCAGCGGACGCGGGAAGUCAUCUCACUCUCCUUCUCGAAAAACUCAAGUCGCUAGGCACUGAUGUUUUCCCCGAGGGCGCCCUCUUGUCUUUGGAUCAGCAGAGCGCGUACGAUCGCGUCGAUCACGCCUGGAUCUUCGAGGUCUUUGAGGCCUUUGGGUUCGGUGAGCGUUUCAUCUCGCUGCUGCGCGCUCUCUACGAUCCCGAGACUCUGGGGGUGCGCUACCUUGUCAAUGGGUUCCCCACGGACUUGGUGCGGUUGCUGUGUGGUCUCGGUCAGGGGGAUCCCCUCUCGUGCCCGGUUUGGAACAUCACGUUCCAGCCCUUCCUCGACGCCCUUGUUCGGCGCGGGAUCGCGCUCGACCUGCAGAAGGUGUGGCCAGGGGGGCCGCGUGCGCAGCUUACGCAUCUGGCGUUUGCCGACGAUGCUGUGGUGGUGGUGGAGUCACCGGCGGCAUUGUCGAAGCUGCAAACGCUGUCGCAGACAUGGUACGAGGCUACCAACGGGAAGACCAACACGGACAAGACGCUGGUGCUACCACUCGGACCGAACUGGCUUCGGGACGAGACUGCGCAGGCGCUGCCAACGGUGCAGGAGGGGGAGAGCUUCAAGUGGUGCGGCUAUGCCUUCUUUCGCCACGGUGACUCGAAACUGUUUUGGACCCAUGUUCUUGACAGGAUCAAGGCCAAGACCCGCGCCGCUCGAGACCGGACACUUUCGCCGAGUGGGAAGGUUUUCUAUGCCAACGCUCACAUCAUCUCGACGGUCCUCCACGUGCUGUCCUUCGACAUACCGCCUCAAUGGUUCAUUAAGGCGGCGGAGACGGCACUUACGGACUUUGUCUGGGGAGGAGCAGGGCGAAAUACCGUCGCUCGCGAUUUCGUGUUCCAGGCUCGGGAGGACGGUGGCUUGGGUUUGAUUUCGAUUGGCGACAUCGUUCAUUCGGUGGCGCUUCGAUUUUGGGAUGCUGUGGCGGGCUCGGACGAGGCGAUCUGGGCGCCCCUAGCUCGCGAGAGCUGGAGGUCCCUCGUCGCUGCGACCCGCGAUUUCAGUCCGUGGGGGUUCUUCAGCAGCACGGCUCGGGUCGAGAAGCUGUAUCGCGACUCGACGCGCUGGGGGGCAGUCGUUGCAGCGGCCAGGGUCACAGUUCCAACCAUCAAGUCCGAACUCCUUACGCUUCCCGAAUUGCUCUCGCUUCCGCCUCGCCUCCCUUCACUCUAUGCUGAAGGUGCCCAGCACGCAUAUGACGAUGCGGACGCGGUGGCGAAGUUUGCGCAGAUCGCGGACCUGUACUGGAGGGACGAAGGGAAGGGAUGGGCUCUGGUUGGUCAUCGACGCGGGUUCUGGCAGCACUCUAAGGAACCCGCCCUACAGCACGAGCACGUGUGGUCGCGCGUGGGUCAGUUGCUCAAGGCGAAAGCGUUGCUGCCCAAGACCGCGUUGCGACCUGCUCGGAUACCUCUCAAGGAGGCUCCCCGUCCUCGGUGCUUCAACUUCUUUGGGCUCUCCCGACCUUUUACGAUUCGCAAGCUUCGUCGGCUUGUGAACAAGGUGCGGUUCCCAGGGAGGGAGGACCGUGUCAAGCGUUUCCCUGAUGGGACUUCUCAGAGCGAUAGGAAGCGCUUCUGGAGAUGGCUUCAUGACCGGUUCGCGUCUGCUGUCGAGCAGGACACCCACUGGCGGCUCAUGUACGACGUGACGCCGACGCGCAAGAGGCAGCAUACUCAGGGUCAUGCCUCUUCGCCGACGUGUCUGUUCUGUGGCAACGAUGCAGCGGUCAUCGAGACGGUGUCCCACUACUUUUUCGAGUGCGCGUACUCGACCAGCUUCUGGGGUGGGGUGCUACGCAUUCUGCUUGACAAGCUCGGCAUCGAGGAUACCGACGUCGAUCCGUCGACGUUCACUCCGGAGCAGCUGACUAUGGGGCUCCCCCUUUUGCGGGGUCGUGGGAGAACGACCUCGAAAUGGAUGUGGGUUCGGCUGGCCUGCGCGAUCGGUUUCCAGCGGCUGCACCUGCUCCGCUGGCGCGUUCAUCAGCGGUUCGAGCUGGACAACGUCGUGGCCUCUCCCUCGCUUCCCAGUGCGCUCAGAGCGUUCGAGCGAGAUUUUCUCUCUCGAGCGGGCUUUGUGCCUGGGGCUCGAGAUUGGGAGGUGUGAUGACCGAGUUAAGUCCUUCCUUCCCAUUUUCCUCCCCUGCUCUCUCUCCCCUCCUUUCCUCCCUUCCUUUUCGGAGGUCGACUUUUCUUUCAGAAGCUGACUGUCUUGAAACUUGUUGCGCAGUGGAAGGCUGCGCACCUCUCCCUCUCUCUACUUUGUGCAGUAGCGGUUUUCGUUCUUGGAUGGAUCGGCAAGCCGGGUCGAUCGUCGUUGCGUUGGAGGCUUUGUGAAGUUCUCCCCUCUCUUUCCCCUUUCUCCCUUCCCUUCCUCUUCUCGUUCCUGUUGCUCGGUUGUUGACUACGCUUCAGCCACUUCUCCUUUUAUUCCUAAGCCGUGUGUUGGAUUCCGUCGAAUACAUCGUUCGUUCGCGUUGGUCAAGAUCUACGGCAUGGAUCGGGAAGAAAGGUCGCUCGUUUUUUUGGUCAAUAUCCUCGCGUCAAGGCGAGGCUUGUUUCGUUGUAUUGGAUCGUUUUCGCUCGGCCCCGACGGCUCAACAGCCAGCACUCGAGACUCAGCCAAGGGAGGAUAUCAGGCGCUGUCGGGGUGACGAGUAG